AUGGAGCAGAGCCCUGUCGUGGUGAUCCUGCUGUGCGCCCUGUGCAUUCCAGCGGCGCUUCCCGCGGGAUCUGAGCCCGAGCUUCCCUCCGGCUCGGGAUCGGGCUUAGAGAUUCCCUCGGGAUCGGAGCUUCCCGCGCUGCUGGAGCUGCAGGCCGUGCUGACGGUGAGCUCCACGCCGUGCAGCGUCACCUGCGGCCUGGGUGUGAAGGAGGAGCAGCUCUGCCAGCUCAGCCCGGCCGGGGAGCGCCGGAAUUGCUCCCUGGUGCGCUCCCGCUGCCUCAGCGACUGGAUCUGCGGCCUCCAGCACCUCAGCGUUCCCGAGGGAAAGCCCUUCCGCCUCGUCUGCCUCUCCCCGGACGCCGCCGGCCUGGUGGGACGGAGUUUCGGCUACAGCUGGAGGUUCUCCCGCGGGCUCAUCACCACCAACGACCUCCUGUUCCAGCCUUUCCGCCAUCCCAGCCCUUCCCUGAGCUUCUCGCCGGCUCUGGAGUCGCAUUCCGGCACCUACCGCUGCGACGUGCAGGAGCUGAGCUCCUUCCGCCUGGUCAAGAGGAUCUACUUCGGCCUCAGGGUGAUCCCCGGGGAUCUGGUGGAUCUGAACUUCCAGAAAUCCCUGACCUGGGAGCAGCGGCUGGCGGCCGGCGGGACGGAGGCGGCGGGGAGCGGGAGCGGCGCCGCGGAGCGGGAGCGGGAGCGGGAGCAGCGCCGGGGUCUGUGGGAGCAGCCCUGGUUCCACGAGGCGAUGCUGGGAGCCGGCAGCGGGAUCAUCCUGGGAAUCCUCCUCAGCCUGGGGCUCUGCUGCCUGGGCAGCGCCCGCAGGAAAGGAGCAGCGGGGCCAGUGAACGGAGUUUGA